UGAAGCUGAAGUUGAUCCAUUAUUUUUUAUAACAAUAAGAGCAGCUAGGUUAACAUAUUAACAUGCUUCAAUAUGUUACUUGAGCAAGACUGAUUUACUUUUAAACACAAUUUUUUUUGUAGAAGACAGCAUUGCUCAUGGAAAGAAUGCUGGCACGGCUCCUCUCUACCCCACAGCAAGUAUUUUAAAGCCUGUCAAUCUCUACCGUCGUAUUUCAGCCUGCUGAAAAUAAUCCAUUAUUUAUCUAAUCAUUUGGAAUUAAUGAAUUAAAAGAAGUGAUUGUAUUUAGAAUACUGUAAAGGAGAUCUCAAUCAGCUAAAAAGUCACAAAGAAUUCAUUCUCCAUAGUCCUUCCAGCUCAAUACAAGCCUGAUCUUUUGAAAUGAAGACUUUGCAGCAGUUUGCUCUCUUUCUCUAUUUUUUUAUGCCUAUGGUGAAACUAGCACCACCUAAUAAGCAGUCCAUUUCAUUUUAUGACUAUGGAUUGGCCACUCCGGAAGACACAGUGUUUAACCAAGAGUAUGAAGACACAAUAUUUAAGGAAGAUGAAGACAAACCACAGGAUGCAGUAAAAAAUAAGGAAAAUAAUGGUACAAUCAUUUUCCAUGAAAAUGAGCUACAAAUCCAGAGAGAUGAAGAGGUACCUAAAGCCUCACCAACAAAAGAUACAGAUUUGCCUACUUGUCUGCAGUGUGCUUGUUUAAGUGGUUCAGUUUACUGUGAAGAAACAGAUAUUGAAAGUGUUCCAGUUCUGCCAAAGGAAACAGGUUACCUUUAUGCACGAUUCAACAAAAUCAAGAAAGUUAAAACUUCCGAUUUUGCUGAAAUUCCCACCCUAAGAAGAAUUGACUUUACUGGAAAUAGAAUAGAAGAAAUUGAAGAUGGGGCUUUUGCAAAGCUAACAUUAUUAGAAGAACUUUCACUUGCUGAAAAUAGGCUUCUCAAGCUUCCAAUUUUGCCUCCAAAGCUAACUACAUUUAAUGCAAACCAAAACAGAAUUAAAAGCAGAGGAAUUAAAGCAAAUGCUUUCAAGAAGCUGACCAAUUUAUCAUAUCUCUACCUAGCACAAAACGCACUGGAAUCUGUCCCCCUUAACUUGCCAGAGAGCCUGCGUAUUCUGCAUCUUCAGUAUAACAACAUAACCAGCAUCUCAGACGACACUUUCUGCAAAAACAACAAUACCCGUUAUGUUCGUAAUCGCAUGGAUGAGAUACGAAUGGAAGGGAACCCAGUCAUCUUGGGAAAGUACCCCAACGCUUUUAUCUGCUUGAAAACGCUGCCUAUAGGUUCAUGGUUUUAAAUUGCUAAUGAAACUGAAAGUGGUUAAAAGAACAUAAAGAUAGCCAUUAUAUCAUUGUUUUAAUGUCUUUCCAUGUUAAUAACUUCCCACACGUAUUCAUGAAGUUUAGCAGUUAUAAUGUAUUUAGUUCUACCAUAAGUAACUGGGCGAAGUUACACCUUUUGAUUUAUUAAGCCUGAACCUUUUUUAUUUCUAAAAUAUAGAAAACAUAAACCAGUAAAAAUAUUCUUUGUACAUUGGAGCUAACCCUUUUCAUGUGAAAAAAAUCAACAAGAAUUCUUUUAAAAUUAAUAUUGCAGAUCUGUUGUAUUAAAACUACCAGUGCAACUUGCAUGAUAUAGAAAGCAAAUAGUGCUAAUAUAGGAAAAUAUAAAGAGCUGAACUUGCUGGACCAAAGCAAGCCUCUGUUAUUUUCUUGCCAAGGCAAAGAAUCUGUACUCUGUAUACUAUUGUGUAAUAGUCCACAAGCGGUAGCAUGGGACACCAGGAAGGCAAUGUGCAUACAUGGGCACGCAUCUUCUUCUGUGUAAUUAGAAACAGACCUGUAAAUCAGCAUAUCGCCCCCCGCCCCCGCCCCAAAUUGUUGGUUGUAAUAUCACUGAGAUUGUUGAAAAGGAGGAAGAAGAUUGUGAGCCCAUAACUAUUGAAGGUUCAGGUAUCUCAGGCUAAACAUGGAGCAGCAGCGGGAAAGGGGAGCAGGGAUAAGAACUAGGAGAACACAGAAAUAACAUAGACUAUAUAGGAGUUAAUGUGAAAGGUGCAGGAUGAGGAGGGAAGCAGCAGCAGACGAUUAUGAACUAGAAAGGUAUAUCUGAUUAAUUUUCUAGUGGUAGAUGCAUGGGGACAGAAGAUCCAACAUUUAAAAGAGAACAAUCUCACAAUAUUUGAGAGUGAUCCUGAUCCUACUAAAAGUUGAAAGCUAUUUAUUGAAAUCAGAAUCACUGAGAAACUAUAUGGCAUUAUUUAGAUUCAUCUUUCUGUUUAAUACCAAUCAAAUUAUUUAGAUUCAUCUUUCUGUUUAAUACGAAUCAAAUUAACUACUGAAAUAAAACUAAUCAGCCGAUUAUAGACACACACAAAAUGCUCAGCUUCAAAGGCAUCCUUUUUUGUUAUAAGGAUAUGAGAAAGGCAAUAAAUACAAAAUAUUUAUCUUAGAAAUGUAUUACAAAACAACUGGAUUAUGCUAUACUACAACAGGGACAUUUCAAGAAGUUCCUCAAAUCCAUUUAGAAUGGACAGAUCUCCUUGAAGGGAGAGCUAGCCAUUUAAGAAACACUGAGUACAUUCCUUAGAAUUUUACAUAGCAUUUAUACUAGCUGCAAUCUUAUGCACUUACUUGAAAAUCAUGCUGUCUAUAAAGCAAUAUUUGUGAAACUUUUAUUGCAUAUAUGAUAUACCAUUCCUUUUCUCAAAAAACCACUGUUUUGAUCUCGGUUAUGACCAGACUGAAUUGAACCACUUUCAGAUGGGCUGUUCAUCUGGUCUCUUGAGGAAUUACUCAACAAAUCAAGUUCAAGCCUUCUUCAGAAGCACCUUAUUGGUCAAUAAAUACUGAUCUGCACUCUCUCCCUUUCUAUACUUUGAUUAAGCAUUGGAGACUAUUUUACAAGCUAUCACAUUAUGAUGUAACUAUGUUAUUUUAACAACAUUAUGUAUUAGACCUCAGUUACAUGAUAAUUUUAUACAAUGUGAAACCUUAAAAUAUUACUGUCUGAUUUUCA